AUGCCCACGAAGGAGUACAUACAGCUUCUACAGAGGCUGUAUGUGUACGUGAAGCGCAACAGCGGCCGGAACGUGCCUCAUGGCAUCUCGCAAAUCACGCUGAUCGACGACGAUGACCUGACGAGGUGGUUCGUGCAGCUGCUCUACAAGGAUGAGAACAAGGCCGACUUCUACGUGUCGCUCGAGCUCGUCUUCAACGAAGAUGUCGACAGCGAGGACAGCGUCGCAGGAGGUGCAUGGGGUGUAAGCGCGGGCGUCGGUGGUGCGGGAUCGCGGCAUCGGCGUCCUUCACCACACACGGAGCCGAGCGCGUCGGCAACGAUGCUAGCCGCCGCGGCGAUGACCACAAGGCUGAGCGCAGCUGGUAUUCACGCCGCUGAUGCAGCGCCACAACCUGCUGCCGCGACAUCGUCACCACAUGUGCAUCGACACGACACGACGACAACGAGCUCGCCGGCACCACCAGCGCAGCCAUCUUCCUCGCUCACCUCUUCCAGUGCAGGAGACAAGGUGCGAGCGGCGGAAGAGCGCAGUGGGGGCAACGAGGUGGACCCAAGUGCAAUGGCGAGCUCUCGAGACGGCAGCAACGGCGCGCGCACCAGUGACCGAAGCACGCAGCAGCAGCAGAAGGACGACGAUGCCAACAGCGCGCCCACCGCCACCGCCCCGCUGCCGUACAACGACGGCCAAUGUCGCCUCGUGGACCUCGGCGAGGCGAGGCGGCCGCCGUUGACGCCCGAGGGGCCCAUGGCGCUACCCGAGGAUGUCAAUGACGCCGGUGUGGCUCUUACUCACGUCAGCGAGCCGUCACAGCCUCUGGCGACGCCGCAGACGAGUGCCUUCCCGCCCCCUCCUCCUCCUCCUCCGCCCGCCGUUGCAACGGCGGGCGGCAGUCGUCAUCGUGCACGCAUGCCGCUUGUCUUCGUCGUGGCGCCGCGCCUCAUCGCCUCCUUCAUCCACCACGGCGCCCUCUGCUCCCUCGAGCUCAUGUCACAGGACUGGGAGCUGACACCCGAGAACAUGGUGCUGCUCCUGAUCGCGCUCUUCGAGACACUCAACCCCUUCGCCGGCGACGGCCGCGUGUCCGUCGACGACGCGGAGCGGAUGGAAAACCUCCGCGAGACUGUCGCGGCGUGGGGCGUCGGUGGCGGUGGCUCAUCCACGCUUGCGGACGCCUACUCGGAGGAGGAGCACAAGCUUGGCAUGGAGUACAUCCGCCGCGCGCAUCCACAUCUGUUCCGUCGCUACGUGGGUCCUCUCUCAGAGUGUGCGAGUGCCGCGCGCGAUGCCAUGGCGUCUCUCCCCGUCCCCUCGGAGUCGAGGGGCGGCCUCAGCGCCUCCCCGAACCCCAACGUUGCAGCCGCAACGGCUACCGGCGGCGGUGGCGGCAUGGUGCAGCGAGAUCACCGCGACAUGUACUUCGACAGCGGCACCGCGGUUGCCGCCACCGGGUCCGACUCAGUCAGGCCCUCAGCCUCGCCCCACGGCGCGCAGACCGCCACCACGACGCCGUCGCUCAUGGAGUUCGGGACCGGACACGGUCGUGGUGGCAGCGGCGCACAGGCCCCGCACGUGUUGCGUGACGUGUCUCAUCUCAACGCCGCCGUGUACGACGCGCUCGUGGCCACCUACGCCCCCCCAUUGGCCCCGUCACCGGUGUCCCCGCCGCCUCCGCUCUGCCCCACACCGGCAGAGCAGCAACCACCCCCAACAGCAGCGACAGCCAAGCCGGUCGUGAUGCUGCUCGACACACCCGCCCUCCUCGCGGACGCGGAAGGCGUACGACUGUUUCAGUCCGGUGUGCGGGGGGUGCAGCAGACCGCCGUCUCGACCACCGCCGCAGGGGAUGACAAGUACAGCGCGGCAGACAGCACGACACCCGAUACACCUGCGGACAGAGACCGCGUUGGUGCGAGCCCGGCGUGCAGUAGCAGCGCGUUCCCGUUGUUGCCUGCUCCGCUACAGCAGCGCACCCCCUCGACAAUGACAGCGACCCCACCGCCGCCGUCGUCGUCGACCUCAACGUCCAUCUUCGCGCCUGUAAUGAACGCCGAGCGUGUGUUGCGUGCACGUCCGCCACCGCUUUCACAUGUCGCCUACGCACCCACGCACACGGCGGCGGGGAGCGGCGCGAAAGUGCAGCUGCUGCAGCAACGUGUCGCCGAGCUGUGGAUCCCAUUGACGCUACCCCCACCCCCACCGUCCUCCAUCAGCGGGUCUUCGACGGCAGUGAGCGGCAUUCCGGCCACGACGAGUGCGGACGCGCCUCACAUCACGCAGGUGCUGCGGCUCUCAGAGGCGGAGGUGUCAUGCGAGGGCGGUGCCGCCGACAGCGCAGCAGCGCCCCUCCCUUUCGAGGUCCACCUCAUCGGCGACGCCGGUGACAACGUUCAGCAAGCGCGGGUGGCCUGCGUGCUGCGCAACAUGCGGGUCUCCGCCACCGCUGCUCGAAAGCUCCGCAGCACCUCGACGACGCAACGGUCAUCGCUUCACUUUUCUCUGCAGUCGUCAACGGCGCCGUCCCCAACGGGCGACGUCCACACGUGCCACCUACCCCGUGGCCUCACGCUGCACUGCAGCAACAUGUACCUUUACGGUCACCUCCAUGUCUUUGGCAACCUCGUGCUCGACAACUGCGUCUUGGUCGGCUCCCUGGUCACGGAGGAGCUGGCACGUGUGGAGGUAUCGCGCUCACACCUGGCGCUGAUGCCGGAUGAUCGACUCCUGCCGCUGCAGCCGCCGUACCGCAGGGGGCCGCCCAACCGAUGUCGUGGUGCUGGACGUGGCGCGUCACGUCAGCGCUCCUCCUCGACAACCUCUCCAGGCGCCGCCGACGCGGCGAGGCCACCUCCUCCGGCCCUCUUCUACGCGCAACGCAAGGAGUGCGUGCUCGUCCUGGACUCCUCUCGGGUUGAGAUGUCGGAAGACACGCACGUCUACCGGCGGAUGCCCGACUUGCGCGCGCCAGCAGCAGCAGCAGCGGCGGCGGCGGCGCCGCGUGGGCGGCGACGCAGGACUCAACAGCCAGAGACUGAGAAGCCCACCGGCGAGCCCAACACUGCGAGCUGUAACCGCGACAAGGAUGAGGGCAGCGAUGAAGUCGCCAGCGUCAGCGACAACGGAGAGGACAGUGGUGCUGAAGGAGAAGCAGCGGCAGGGGCAGAAGCCGCUGCACCGUCUCUUGCAGCCAUGAUGGCAGUCCUGCGCUCGCUGAUACUCGUGUCGAACCAAGCCUGCCUGCGGCUUGUCCGCUGCACCAUCCACCCCGGACGCAACACGGAGCACACCAUCUUUGCCGAGCAGAACGCCAUUGUCGACAUGGCGUACUGCACCGUCACGGCCGCCAUCUCCAGCGCCGUCAGUGUGCAAGGAUGCCGAGCUUACCUGGAGAACUGCUUCUUCGAAGGCAGCUCAGCGACCACCGCCGCGGCAACGAGUGCCGAGCUGUCCGCUGAAGCAGCAGCAGCACAAGAUGCUGAGGCUGACAACGUGGACCCCGAAAGUGAUCAUGACACCGCCAGUGACCACAGUAGAAUACACCAGCAUCAGCCACCACCUCCCAUACGCGUCAACGACACGACGCGCUGCACCGGCCUCAACGUCGAGCUCGGCGGCACCCUCACCGCUCGCUACUGCGCGGCGCGGCAUCUCUACUUUGCCUUCUGCGUUAUCGCGCACUCGGUGGCCCACUUCUAUCGCUGCCACGCCGAGGACGUCGUGAACGGCUUCACCGUCGACGCCUCCGCGGCCACGCUGGACGGCUGCUCAGCGAGCACGAACCACGUCGGCGCCUUUGUGCUGCGGAAAGCGAAGUGCAUAUUGGCAGACGACCGCUGUGGCAGCUUCCCACGCCGGUGCAGCCUGCUCGGCGAGGCGCACGAGACGGCAUGCCGCGCUGUGACGGAGGAGUUGCGGCAGAAGCACCAAGAGACGAGAGCAGGCGGUGCGGUGCCGCCGGCCAUCACAGAGAUGGAGUCCUUGUGGACCUCUGCGGCAGCCGUUGCGGAGCGCACGGCUCGUGUCGCGCUUCUCACGCGGCGUCACUAUGCCGAGCAGCUCCCUCGCUCCGACACGCUGAGCGACGCUGCGCCAGUGACCACCACAGCGAGCCACGCCCCGCACUAUCGCUCGCCGACUGCAAGCGGGAUGUCAUCGCCGCAGCAGACGCUCGGCUUCUUCGGUGGUCGAUUCAGUCUCGAAGUGCGCGACGCUGCGCUCAAGGCAACCGGGGUGAUGCUGAUGAACGCGCACGACACCUCCGUCUACGCCUACGAGAACAGUGCGGUGGAGCUGGAGGAAUGCGUCUUGUGGUCAACAGCAGAGGCCGAAGAGGCCGCCAGUGCGGCGGCCGCGACAGUGGCAGCCGCCCUCGGGUCCGCGGAGUCGCCAGCCGCAGCUGUCUCGGCGGCUGCGCUGAAGCUAACGGGUCGCCGCGCGUUGACCGGCGCGGACGGCACCUCUGACAGUCAGCUGCGGUCGGGGUCGCCGCGGCAGCGCUCCUGUGGUGUCAAGGUCGUCCACGCCAGCCUCAAGGCUCGGCGGUGUCUCAUGGCGGGCUACAGCUUCGGCUUUGCCGCCAUCCAGUCGGCGCAGGCAGAGCUCCAGGAGUGUCUCGUGGUGAACGCCGUCAACGGCUACACGAUCGACCGCUCGCAAUGUCGGCUGCGGCACUGCGGCGCGGACACGUCCCACGUGGGCCUCUUUGCCCUGAACGGCUCCCACGUGGUGGCCGACAGCACGCCGCACGUGGUCGGCGUCAGCUCCUGCGGACGCACACCGCCGCCGCUCAUCUGUGGUGGGGUUCCGGCAGUCUUCUGUGGCGACGUCUACGGGGUCGAAAUCCAGUCGAGCGAGGUGGAGUGCACCGGCAUCACCGUCCUGCGCGGCCGCGACAGCGGCUUCAACGCGUACAACGGCAGCGCCCUGCGGCUGAGUAAGUGCCUCGUGGACAUGUCCCCGACGGAUGCGGCAAGCUAUGUGUUCCAUCGGCCCAGCAGCAGCGGUGCGGCCGAGGCGGCAGUCGCAGGAGGAGAGAUGAGUGAGGGAAGGCGCGGCAGCUCGACGAGCAUGGGCGAUGCGGUGGGUGCGGCUGGCCUAUGGACUCGCCAUCUCCACCUUGACGUCAGCCUCACAGAGGAGCUGGUGCACAGCACCAGCGACAGCGACGCUGACCAUGCGCACAGCCACAAUCAACCCCCCGCAUCCGCGUCGCUCCUCGCGGAACAGCAAGGCGACACAGUGCCCCACCGCGACGAAGACUGCGAGGACGGGACGGACGAGGCCAUACGCUCCGCUGCUCCGGCGGCUACCACAACCCCGACGACCCCCACCCCGCCAUCGGCGCCGUCGUCCGCGGGUCGCGUCGCACCAGCCGUGCGUACCUCAGGAGUGAAGGUGUGGUCUGGCAGCCAGUGCCACGCCCAGGACACCGAAGUGCGCUGCGUCACGUUCGGCUUUGCCUCCCUCGGCCCGGAGACCCUGCUGGAUGCACAGCACUGCACGGCCAAGCACGUCGUCAACGGCUUCACCUCCGACGGCGGUGCGCUGCAGCUGACCAAGUGCAGCGCCAGCAGCAACCACGUCGGGGUGUAUGUUCUAUCCCACGCGCGCUGCGUCGUGCGGCGCGGCAGCUACACGGCGAAGAAGUACGGAAUAGAGUGCCGCAGCGGUGUGCUGUCGCUGCAGGGCCACGUGAAGAUCUACGGCUUCUCGCGCAUCGGCAUGUACCUGUACGACGGGGCACACUGCGAGGCUGAUCCGGACUGCGUGCUAGAUAUUCACGCGCUCAAGCACGCCUCGCCGGGGUCAUCGGCGGACGUCACUGCUGCUGCCGUGCCAGCGCCAGGCAGCAGCAUCCGCUCAGCAACCCUUCCUCACCUGUCGAAGACGCAGCAGCAGCACCAGCAGCCACCGAUGUCCACGGCGUUGACCACGUCACUGUGCAGCCCCGAGGACGCGGCGACCGUGUCGGACCUGCUACCCGCCUGUAUCGCCCUCGACGAGGCAACGGUGCACCUGCCGCAGGCGGUGCUCGGUGGUGGCGCUCGCUGCGGCGUCACCUGCGGCGACGGUGCGACGGGGUUCAUUGGUAAGUGCAUCGUGUACGACUGCAGCCUGGUCGGCGUGAACGUCUUUUACGGCGCACACCUGACGCUCGCCAACGCGCUUCUCGGCUGCGCGCAGCAGUACGCCGUGGUCGUGCACGUCGGAGGCGUGUGUCGCAUCAUCCGAAGCGCCGACGGUGACGAAACGGACGACGAUGACGACGGCCUUGAUGUGGACAGCUACGAGGAAGGGAAGGGUCGCGGGGCAAGAGGCAGUGGCGGACGGGAGAGCAUUCUGCAGAGACAUGGCCCCGGCCCCGCGGUGUCCGCGGCGGUACGGGGCUUGGGGCGUCUGGCCUCGCGUGUUGUAGCAGUGCCGUGGCGUGUGGCCCGCCAAUGGGCAGGGAGACAGGACCCGAACGACAGAACACCAGCAGCGGCCGAGUCCGUCGCGGAAGACAGCAGCAGCUGUGGUGCAGUCCUCAGCGGUGCGAGAGCGCGGUCGCUCUCGACAGGAUCGGUGCCCGGUGCCCCACCAACACCGCGGCACACCCCGUCGCGUGUCGCUGAUAAACCACAGCGCCUCUCCUCUGACGCCUCGUCGCGCUGGCGCGGCGGGACGAGGUCAGCCGUCUCGCCCAGCUCCGCUACAGCAGCCACAGCGUCCCCGGUUGCCAUCGGCGGCGGCGGUGCGCUUCUGGUGGGAGACGACGAUGACGAGGUCGGCGGCCGCCGCACCGUGCCGCUGACAAGUGCCAUCCGGCGCCGCUUGAAGUGGCUUUUCUGGGCGACACACCUCGCUGCUCAGCUGCCCUUCCGGCUGAACACGUUGAUGAUCCCCGUUGCCACGGCGGGGGCGAACGCCGCCGGACCGGAGCCCGACCGCACAGCUGUCGGCGCAGAGGCGCGUCCCUCCCUUUCACUGUCGCCCUCCGCCAGUGGCCCUGCCGUGCCCACGUCAGGCGCACCAGCCAUCACCUCUGUCUUCCCGCCCGUGCGCCCGACCAUCUGCGGCACCUGCGUGGUGCGCGGAACGUGCACGAUGGAGCGCGUCGUCCUGCGGCCCACGAAUCAUCUCCCGCGGCUCUUCGCCGAGUGCACCCGCGCCGACCGUGCGCGAAACACCGGGAGGGAACACGACGACGACGCGGCGACGGCGACGGACGACGAGGACGGGGCGAUGGACACGGAGCGGGACAGCGCUGGCAACGUGGCCGAAACGAGAGCGCGACGCAGCCCGUGGACGGCCCAGGAGGUAUGCAACUCGCCAGCGCAGCACCGUCACACAGACAGCAGCAGCUCGGCUGACGACACGACCUCGGCUGGGGAACAGGGCGGCGACAGUGAGUAUGCCUCCCCGCUCCUCGCGACCGACGCCGCCAUCAAGGCAUCCCUGGCGGUCGGUCGCGCCGUCGCCGCUGCUUCUGCCAGAGCCGCAGACGGCUGGGCAGCUCUCCCCUCGGUGUGCGUCCUGCACCACCUGGUGCGUCAGCCCCCCGGUGUAUAUGUUUGCCAGCAAGGUGUCCUGAACCUCACGGACUGUAUCGUGGACGCCUCGCUCUCCCCUCAACCGCACCUCGGUGCUGGACGCGCCGGACAGCUCGUCUCAGUGGUCGUGGCGUGUGAGGGGCCGUACGCGAAGCUUCACUGCGAUUACGUGCGUGUCGUGCGCGGCGAGGGCGGCGACGAGAAUGACCGCACCGUCAUCGAGGGAGGCGAUGGUGGUGCCUCCGGCGCCGCUCGCCCAGCGACAUCCCUCGCCCCCACCCGCUCCUCGGCCCCCCCUGCGCUCUCCACCGACGCAGCACCUCCUCUCUUAGCCGCCGCGCCGUCGCCGCGGCGUCGUGGUGCCGCCGUGGCAGCGGCCGCUGAUGUUGCCACUGUCCCGCUCCUGCUUGUCUCGCUCGUGGACGGGGCACAGUGCACGCUGCACAUGGUGGGCACAUCCCUGGAUGACUGGCCUUACGGCGCCUACAGUGGCGGGCCGAUCAACCACGGCGGCAACGUCUGGAGCGACUCCAUGACGGGAGCAGAGAAGGAAGAUGCUGGCAGCCCGCUGGGCUCCGCUGGCCACGGUGGUGCGGCAGCGGCGCAGCUAUCACCUGGUCAUCUCAUCUCGGCACGCAACGCUGGCGUGAUGCUGCGCACCACCGGCGACACGCUCGCCGAGGUCACGUACGCGAGCAUUGCCGGCAUCGUCGCGUCGCAGCGGUCGCGGGUGCGGCUGGCGCACUGCACCGUGACAGGGAUGGUGCCCAUCAUACUCGGCAGUGGCAGCUAUUCUUCCCUGACGUGCUGCCGUGUUGUUGGCGGUGCGCGGGCCGGCCCCGCUGCAGCCGCGAUUCGAGUCGAGCACGAAGGGGACUUGACCCUCAUCCGCUCGUCGGUGUGGACGCUGUCUCAGGGGCUGGCGGUGGCGUGCGUGGACUCUGGGUGCGUGCACGCGCUCGACAGCGAGGAACUCACGCUGGGCAGGGCGGCGGGAUCAGCGGAUGUGCACGGCGACCGUGAAGGGACAGUCGACGAUGCCGUCGGACAACCAUGA